AUGACCGAACACGCAGUGAAUAAUAUAGACCAGUACGGGGAUGGAUACAUGGAACAAGAAGAAGAAUGGGAGCGAGAAGGACUUCUCGAUCCAGCAUGGGAAAAACAGCAGAAAAAGACGUUCACUGCGUGGUGCAACUCGCACCUGCGAAAGGCCGGCACUUCCAUCGAGAACAUCGAUGAGGACUUCCGCAACGGGCUGAAGCUGAUGCUGCUGCUCGAAGUCAUCUCGGGGGAGACGCUUCCCAAGCCGGACCGCGGCAAGAUGCGCUUCCACAAAAUCGCCAACGUCAACAAGGCGCUCGAUUUCAUCGCCAGCAAGGGCGUCAAGCUCGUCUCCAUUGGAGCUGAGGAAAUUGUGGACGGCAACCUGAAGAUGACGCUGGGUAUGAUCUGGACCAUCAUCCUGCGCUUCGCCAUCCAGGACAUCUCGGUGGAAGAGAUGACAGCCAAGGAGGGGUUGCUGCUGUGGUGCCAGCGCAAGACUGCGCCCUACAAGAACGUCAACGUGCAGAACUUCCACCUCAGCUUCAAAGAUGGUCUGGCCUUCUGCGCUCUGAUCCACCGUCACCGCCCCGACCUUAUUGACUACCACAAGCUGUCAAAGGACAACCCACUGGAGAACUUGAACACCGCGUUCGAUGUUGCUGAGAAGUACCUGGACAUACCUCGCAUGUUGGAUCCUGAUGAUCUCGUCAACACCGCGAUGCCAGACGAGCGUGCCGUCAUGACGUAUGUGUCGUCGUACUACCACUGCUUCUCCGGUGCUCAGAAGGCUGAGACAGCUGCAAACCGUAUCUGCAAGGUGCUGAAGGUCAACCAGGAGAAUGAACGCCUCAUGGAGGAGUAUGAGCGGCUUGCAAGUGAUUUGCUGGAAUGGAUUCGCCGAACGAUGCCGUGGCUGAACAGCCGGCAGACGGACAACUCGCUGGCUGGUGUACAGAAGAAGUUGGAGGAGUACCGCACGUACCGCCGGAAGCACAAGCCACCCCGCGUUGAGCAGAAGGCGAAGCUGGAGACCAACUUUAACACCCUGCAGACCAAGCUGCGGCUGUCCAACCGUCCCGCCUACAUGCCCACUGAGGGCAAGAUGGUCUCUGAUAUUGCCAACGCAUGGAAAGGUCUGGAGACAGCUGAGAAAGCAUUUGAGGAAUGGUUGCUGUCUGAGAUGAUGAGGCUAGAGCGACUGGAGCACCUGGCGCAGAAGUUCAAGCACAAAGCCGACAUCCACGAGGACUGGACCCGUGGCAAGGAGGAGAUGCUGCAGAGCCAGGACUUCCGGCAGUGCAAGCUGAACGAGCUGAAGGCCCUCAAGAAGAAGCACGAGGCGUUUGAGAGUGACCUCGCUGCACACCAGGACCGUGUGGAGCAGAUCGCAGCCAUCGCUCAGGAGCUCAACACCCUGGAGUACCACGACAGCGCCUCGGUGAAUGCCCGCUGCCAGAGGAUCUGUGACCAGUGGGACCGCCUGGGCAGCCUGACCCAGCGCCGCCGACAGGCCCUCGACGAGGCAGAGCGCAUCCUGGAGAAGAUCGACAUCCUGCACCUGGAGUUCGCAAAGAGGGCUGCUCCAUUCAACAACUGGCUGGACGGCACCCGGGAGGACUUGGUGGACAUGUUCAUCGUGCACACGAUGGAGGAGAUACAGGGCCUGAUCGAUGCUCACGGCCAGUUCAAGGCGACAUUGGGCGAGGCGGACAAGGAGUAUACCGCAAUUGUCGGGCUGGUGCGAGAGGUUGAGGCGACAGUGCAGAAGUACCAGGUGCCGGGCGGUUUGGAGAACCCGUACACCACCCUCACUGCCAACGAUCUGACCAAGAAGUGGACAGAAGUGCGCCAACUUGUGCCCCAGCGAGACCAGACUCUGCAGAACGAGCUCCGUAAACAACAGAACAACGAGAUGGUUCGCAGACAGUUUGCCGAGAAAGCAAACCAGGUUGGACCUUGGAUUGAGAGGCAACUUGAUGCUGUGACAGCUAUUGGAAUGGGUCUACAGGGCUCGCUGGAAGACCAGCUGCACAGGCUGAAAGAGUACGAACAGGGCGUGUAUGCAUACAAGCCACACAUCGAGGAGCUGGAGAAGAUCCACCAGGCUGUGCAGGAAGGCAUGAUCUUUGAGAACCGCUACACGCAGUACACGAUGGAGACGCUGCGUGUUGGCUGGGAGCAGCUGCUCACCUCCAUCAACCGCAACAUCAAUGAGGUGGAGAACCAGAUCCUCACCAGGGACUCCAAGGGCAUCACCCAGGAGCAACUCAAUGAGUUCCGCAGCAGCUUCAACCACUUCGACAAGAACCGCACUGGCCGCCUGACACCUGAGGAGUUCAAGUCUUGCUUGGUCAGCCUCGGCUACAGCAUUGGCAAGGACAGACAGGGUGACAUAGACUUCCAGCGUAUCCUGGCUGUGGUGGAUCCAAACAACACUGGAUACGUUCACUUUGAUGCUUUCUUGGACUUCAUGACACGCGAAACCACAGACACAGAUACCGCAGAGCAGGUCAUUGACUCAUUCCGCAUCCUUGCGGGUGACAAGCCCUACAUCCUGCCCGACGAGCUGCGGCGGGAGCUGCCCCCGGACCAGGCGGAGUACUGCAUCCACCGCAUGCCUCCUUACAAGGGCCCCAAUGCCGUGCCCGGCGCACUCGACUACAUGUCGUUUUCGACCGCACUGUACGGCGAGUCGGACCUGUAGGAGCCGUGCCCUCUCUACAGUUUCUCCCCACCCCUCGGAUGUACGGGCCGACGAGGCCGAACCGGCUGACACCGACACCGACGAGCGGUCUUGUGGAUGGACGCUGUCUCGCUGCUGCUUAGAUUUUCUCGGGUGCUGUGUAGCCCUGUGCCUGCCGUGUGCCUGAUGUCGGCACGUGCCGCGCUCUGGAGGGGAACGUCACUUUGCGUCCCGAGUUCCGUACUUUAAGUUACACUCAUUUCUCGGCCCCCCCCCCCCCCCCCCCCUUUGUGUACUACUACACACGCAGGAUGGCAGAAUUGCUUUUGGUGCUGAUAAGUAAAAGGGUGCUAUAUGGGAGCCUUGCUAGCUCGCCGUUUGCAGUUGCUCUGUGUGACACUGCAAACUGUGAUUUUUGCAGUUUAUUUUCUCCUCCGAUAAGAGGUGUAACAACAGCUGGCUUGUAAAACUUGAAAUUAUGAACCUAAGAGUUGACACAUGCACAUCCCGUAUUUCUGCUCCGUGCUGAGGGAUAAGUAGCCCUUGCAAUUCUAGUGCAGGCACUGUUGCGUUUACAUUUGAUAUAAUACCGACUUUUGUAAGAUCUAAUUUUGCUCCUGUUCAUUUGUAAAUAGAUGUUUUGCCCACAGAAAAAAAAGCACAAUAUUUGGAAGAAUGAGUGACGUACUGUGAAAGCGGAAAGGUGGUGCUUGGGUGGGGGUUUUCCUUAUGCCGCGUUGUCGGAAUUUCACCUGUCGAUAGCAAAGUGCUUAGAAAUCUCCAUCCUUGUAAACUGCUUUAGCUGACACCUGUGAAGACCUCAGCAGCAAACUGUGGGGCAGUGUGAGAUUGAAAUUUUUACAGCGAACACUGGGUGGCCCGUGCAGCCGAUUUAUAUAAUUUUUUUUUUUUUUGUAAUGUGUAAUGCUAAAAGUAAAUGAGCUCAGCUUUCAGAAGAGAAAGGGAAGAAGCGCGUGUGGCCGCAGCACUAACAAAAAAAGACGACAUGUUUCUAGCUGGCUACAUUUUUGUAAAAUUUACUUUGUCUUCCCUCAGUGAGAUGCAAUCUUUUGUGAAAUAUCUAUAAUAUAUAGUUUCAAAGUAGAGCUUAUUUUUGAAAUUGUGUGGCAAAAGAAACAGAUAUAUAUUUAGGUAACUUUAUUGUGGUUGUACUAUUCUGCAGUUUACAAUAAGACUUCAUUGUUUUUGAAUUUCUUCUCUGGAAUUGGCAGUGCAAGUGAACACACGAAAUUACAUUCUUGAGAUUUGUGUAAUAAUACAUAAAUAUGACAGAUACUUUGUCUGUCCAAAUUGUAUUUGGGCUGUAGCAUACAGAUGAUUAUUUUGGAGUUUGGGUUCUCCAGUUUUUUCUUUCAAUAAGCACUAUUUAUUUGUUAAUGUUUAAUUUGUUAUAAGUUCCUUCUUAUAAAACUAUCAUUUUUCCUUGUUUUCACUGCUACUGAAUGAUGAAGCUCAUUUGAAUUCAGUACAGAAAAUGUUCUGAGCAGUGCCCAGUCAGUGGGCAGAAUGCCUCUGUGUGUAUAUAGUGUGUAUUCCUAAAAAUUUUAUGCACAAAAAUCUCUGAAAUACUGUCUCCUAUUAAUAGAGUGGAGAAUUUUAAACUAUUUUAAGCCAUGCAAUUGUGAAGGGCGCUUGCUGCCUUUUGUAAAUAAUGAUAUUUCAGAAUCUGGUCACAAAAAGCGUCUCUUGUAAUUGCUUCGAUAAUACCUAUCUGUAUUCACUGUUGUCGAUUGAGGUGCAUAGUUUUUGUCAUCCAAACAGUGACUGAAAUCAAGUGUUGUACUAUUGUGGUACUGCUCAGAGGUUUGUUAGUACAAUGCAAGCCGGAGAUUCUAUUAAACAUAUCAGACUGAUGUAAUUCUGAAACUGGGACGGCCCUUCACACAAUUAAGUUUUGUAUUAAUUUACUGUCAGGGCCCUUUUGACAAAUAUUCUGUGGCAAAGUUUAUGUUAAUGCCUCUAAACUAAGUGGAAAAGAUCAUUUUAUUUAUAAGAUUGCUCUAAAAAUAUAUGAAAGAUUUAUUUUAUAUUUAUUUCUUCUUUCAUUUGAACAGUAAUGUUUUUCAGAAGGGUCCGGGCUCAAACAAACUUUACCAUCACCAAAACUGCGUGCUAAAACAGCCUUCCACGGCAUGAUAUUUUAUAUAUUUAUAUUUAUUUAUUUUUUUUUUCCUUCCGUAAGGAACAACGAACGGCCAUUGAGAGCAAGUUUGCGACUGCAAUGGCAACGAAUCGAAAGGAUAACCAUGGUUAUUGUAUAAAUUUUGAACUCAUUGACAACUGUCAUAUAUGUACCUUUCACAACAAAAAUAUGUACAUAUACAAAUGGAAAUAAAGCAAGAAAUGAUUUUCAA